UAAAAACUUCAAGAUGAAAAGCUGAGAAGAAAGAAAAAGAAGAUCCACCUCGAACUUCUCUCCAUCUCUCUAAAUCAUCAUCUCAUUCUCAGAUUCCCACUCUCUCUUCUUCUGUGAGAGAAAGUCUAGACCUUUACUCAUUUUCUCGGUUUGUAAUUUUCCGGGAAGAAAAGUUUCCUCCUUUCUUUUCUCUCAAGAUCCAAUUUUGAUUAUCUCAUCUUCGUUGAAAUCACUUUCUUCAAGCUGGACGGUGAAAAAGUCUGAUUUUUCCAAUUUGUAAUUUUCCGGGAAAAGUCUGUAAAUUUUCCGGGAAAAGUUUGGUCCUUUCUUGUCGGAGAUAAUGAGAGAAGACGAUACAGACUGGUUCACAAGAUGGGAAGAAGAGCUUCCCUCACCAGAGGAGCUCAUCCCCUUAUCCCAAUCCCUCAUCUCUCCCGAUCUCGCUCUCGCCUUCGACAUCAGACUCCCCAACAACUCCGGCCAACCUCACCACCACCACCACUCCACCCCGCCGCCGCAGCUUCCGUCCUCACAAGCCAACUCCUCCGCCGAAUUCGCGGCGGACUCAGCAGAUCUAGGCUCCGGAGCCACCGCCGGCGCCGGAGACGAGCCGGCGCGGACCCUGAAACGGCCCCGCCUCGUGUGGACCCCGCAGCUGCACAAACGCUUCGUCGACGCGGUGGCGCACCUCGGGAUCAAGAACGCCGUUCCCAAGACGAUUAUGCAGCUCAUGAGCGUCGACGGGUUGACCAGAGAGAACGUCGCGAGCCACUUGCAGAAGUAUAGGCUUUACCUCAAGAGGAUGCAGGGGCUGUCUUCCGGCGGCGGAGGUGGGUCGGAUCCGGCGACGGAUCGGCUCUUCGCUAGCUCUCCCGUGCCGGCUCACUUUCUUCACCCCAACCGUGUUCCGAGUUCGGACCAUUUCAUGCCGUCUUUUGUCCCGAUCGCGACGCUUCAACAGCAGCAGCAGAUGGCUGCGGUCGCCGCGGCAGCAGCGGCGGCUAAUGCUCAUCUGCAACCGCCUCAGUUUCACCACCGUCAAAUCUCGGCCGCUCAUUAUGUCUCUCCGACAGCGAACGGGCAAUUCGGUUCGCCGCCGGCGAAUGGGAAGUUUGAUCAGUCGUUCUUGGCGAGGCAAACGCAGCAGCAGACGCUUCAGAGAAUGUCUACACCGUCGUUGCAUAGUCCGGUUGGUAACUACGUUGAGGAUUUGGAAUCUGCAAACGCUAAUGGAGGAAGAACAGUCUUGACUUUGUUCCCAACUCGAGAUGAUUAGAAUCAAAAUCUAAUCUUCCGGUAAUAAGCUUUUCUUGAAAACACUUGAUCAAUGUAAGCCAAGUACUAGCUGUUGAUCACACACUUUGUGACUUGACCAUUUUCAUUUGAAUCCUUUGUAUGUUCAAAGUGUAGUCUUUCAAGAACGUUGACACAAGUUUUAUGCAGUCUUUAUCAGUUUAACAUUGAUGCAGUGUGAUCCAGUUAUGUGUCUGAAUCUCUUGUAGCUUCUACUUUAUGAUUCUUGUAAAGAUGAGUUCUUGUACAUUUUUUAUGGAUA